AUUUUCUGAAGUUAGUUUUAUCCGUCUUCUUGGCAUUUUUAAAUAAAAUGUGUUAUGGGUUUACUAAUUACUAAAUGUAGUGAGUGAUUAUUGACAGUUCAUCGUGUACAGAACGUUAGAAAUAGUUUUAUGAUGUUCAAUUCGUGACAUCCACGAGUGGAAUCACAUGAUAUUUCGUGCGAUCCUAAUAUGACAAGGUCUAUUACAAAAGAUUGGUAACUCGAGUCGUUGGUCAAUCAGGUUUUGUUUGGGUCAGGUUAGGCCACUUCUCUGAUGGUGUUCUAUGUUUAUUUUCCUGUGAUUUUCAAGUUCAAGUGGAAAUGGUUAGAGCUGAUAGCUUGAUGGCGGGCCAGGAAGGCGUUAAGACUCCACACCGCAUCGAGCUGUGUGAGGAACAACCAGUCCGGCCCACUCGCAACUAUAGGAAGCGCAGGAUUAUAGCUGCAACACCACCCAAGACUGAAAACACUGUACAAACUGAACCUCCUGUUAAAACUUCAUUGAGAUCUAAGCCUUUGAAGACUAGCAACGUAAUAACAAAUAUGACAAACGGACAUACACUGCGUUCAAGAGCGGCCAGAGGCGCCCAUCGCGCCGUUGAAAGCCACAAACUAACAGAAUACUUUAAGGAAGAACUGACGAGCUCUAGAAGAGAGAAAAUAGAAAAAGUAGAUUCACCCCCACCCAUGGAAAAGACUGUCAAAGUAGAAACUAAAGUUGCAAAUGGCAAUGCCAAUCAUAAGCUGACAGAAUAUUUCCCAGUGAGACGUAGUGUUAGAAAGACUUCAAAAUGUGUUAUGGCUGAGAAGAUGAGGGACUUGGAGCGGGCUGUGAGAGAUCAAAGAGAAGAUGGACUGCAGGCAGCGUAUUUCGAGGGCAAAGGCCGCGGUGUGAUCGCGACGCGCAAGUUCAGCCGUGGUCAAUUUGUAGUCGAGUACGCAGGAGAACUUGUAGGCGUGCAGGAGGCGCGUGAACGCGAGUACAAAUACGCACAGGACCCGGAAGCUGGUUGCUAUAUGUAUUACUUCAGGCUACAGGACCAACAGUAUUGUAUUGACGCGACCGCGGAAUCAGGGCGUCUCGGGCGCCUAGUAAACCACUCUCGUAACGGCAAUCUGUCGACCAAAGCGUUAUGGGUGGACGGACCACGACUCGUGCUUCUAGCAGCCCAGGACAUCGCGCCCGGUGAAGAGCUCACGUACGAUUAUGGCGAUCGUUCGAAGGAGUCGCUUCGGCACCAUCCAUGGCUUGCGCUCUGACGGGUAUUCGUGAAAUCUCAGUUGGACUAAUUAUUUAUUAAUUUUGCCUAUUUAGUUAGUAUAAAGUUUGUUUGUUAAUGUUUGUUUCGCGACAUUGUACUACUACAUUGCACUACUGCAUUGUUGAGUAGUGAGACAAGUGGCCUAACAUUGGUUUUGAUAUGUGAACAGGAUGUGCAUUAAACUGCCUUAUGCCACUUAAAGAGCGUAUUCUGAAUUUUAACUGAAGGGUUUAAAUGCCUUUUUGGUCCGCGUUACUUUUAAAUUAAGUGAUUGUAGUUGUAAUGCAGACGUCCGAGGAAUGUUUAUACAACAUAAGGCCAGGUAGCCGAGAAAACGCAGCUGAAUUGGACCUCGUGCUUCUUCUUAUCGCAUCGAUGGCGUACACUAAUGGCGUUGUUGCCCAGGUUGUAUCAGACGUACAGGAAAGGAUAGGUACGUAGUUCGAGAAAGUUCCUUUCGUGCGGGCCUUGGGCGUAAGAUCUAAUAUAGCGCUAUGUAGUUUUUACGUUAUUCUUUGACCUUGGAUUUUAGACCUUGAGUCAAUAUGUCAGAGCUAAUAAACAUACGUCAAUGUUGCGAUUGGGUUGUUUUAAAUACUCGAAACCCAAUAACACAAAAUUGCUAUAAACGAGAAUUUCUAUAAUGCACUUGUUGCUACAACAAUUUGUUGCUGUAUAUAUAGAAAAUAAAAACGUUUACUUAGGUAAACUAAUUAAUAAUAUAGGACAAUUUCAGCUGCGUAUUUUCCGCCGGAUCCUUACUCUUUUUCGGGCAGACAGACGAUCCAAGUCUGGAUCUGCGUUAGAAUACAAUGCGUAAAAGGCAGACGUGUCGCCCUAGAAGGAUAUUAUUAUGUGAUAAUCUUAAUUAAGAUUUGUAACACCAACCUAUUAUCAAGAACAAUUUAAAGGCAUUGUGUGUAAUAGUGAAUCGUGUUGCUAUACAUAUUUGAUGGUAUACGAAAGACGAUUGUGUGUAUUAUUUUCUUGACGUCUCUUGUACAAGAGGUUAGUAUUACUUAUUAAUGCUUCUCAGAGUGCCCCAUACACGUUAGAAAAAGAGAUAGUUACGCGUUAUAACGAGAAAGCAAUAUUUCUUUUAGUGAUGCAACUUCACUUAAUAUAACACAAAAUUGCUAAAAAAUAUGCGCGGCACUCCGCGCACGCGCCUCAUCCGUCGCGAACGUUGUAAACUUCAGAUUGAAAGUUCCGUUACAUAAGUUGCGGAAGCAGAAACGGAUGUGGAAAAGCAGACGCAGAGGUUUAUUGCAUCAUUAAUUCCCUUCUCAUUCAUUCGAGUAACUGCCUUUUUUCCGUGUAUGGGGGACUAAGAGUUCAGUUAUAAUGACGUGACAAGAACAACAUAAUUGACCCAGAGUUAAUGGACUGGUAAUGGCUUCCUAAUUAUGUGCUACGAACCAAAUAUCUGCGUUCUAGUUUUACACCCUGUAUAACGACAUGCGUGUAUGUUAUCUGCAAGAUCAAUGUUGUAAACACGCACGCGUUCGUGAUACGUACAUAGGCCUUAUUGGUGACUGGUGUGCUGUGCCAGGUGAGAAUAUGCUUUUAAAUACAUGUUGUAAAUAGUGUUCAGUGUACAACGUUAUCGACUCUUUUUGCGAUAUAUGUAAAAGUUGUGGAGAUGAUUUUGUACUUUUUAAAGUUCUACUUUGAUAUUUCUUCACAUAAUGGUAUUUACUAUAGCCAAAUGUGCGAACGUUUAAUGACUUCGGGACCUUAUCACAUUGAAAUUCUUUCAUGUGUCAAAUAUGUUUUGAUUUUUCUACUGUGACAGGUACAAGUCUAGAAAAUGUCAUUAGUUGGUAUCAAUUACCAACAUAGGCAGAUAAAAACAUGUAAGUAUGUUGACAUUGACUCGAAUAUUUAUCCUGUUUAAGAGUAGUUAUAAUUUUUUAAUAAGAGAAGAGAAAGACGAGAGGUUGUACUGACUUGCUCACUUUGAAUGUGUUUUAGUAGUUUAGGCCGUUUGUUUGAUCAGUAGAAUUUUUUUUCAAACUAUUUUAGUUCUAGAACAAUAAUUUUCUUUAAUAAAUAUGACACCAAAAUGUAAAAGUAAGAAGUAUUGGAAGUAACAAAAAAUAUGUUAAUUUGAAAGAUAAAAAACUACAGUACUAUUUAAAAAGUACUGUACAUUUUAAAAAAAUAUUGCCCACCGAAAAAACAAUAUAUUUAUUGCAUAAUUUGUAUGUUCCUUAAAAAUAUGUUUGAUAUCAUAUUGUCAUUUUACAAUACACUAAGACUAUGAAUUGGUGGGCGGAAAUAAAAUAGUGUGUCCAAUUUAAAUUGAUAGCAACGCGUCGUAUUUAAUGUCUCACGUGAAAAAAUAAUCCUAGCUAUUUGUAACACGUUGCCAACCUACAAUUUGUAGAACAAAAUAAAAAUGUAUCAUUUUGUAAACGUGUUGAACCAAAGAUUAUGGAUUUGGAUUACACUUUAUUUGUUCAGAUUAUUUGAGCGAUAUGCUCAAAAAGUUUCCUUACUAAAUUAGACGAACUGUUCCGUGAAUUUGUAUGGGAAUGAUUUUGCUACAUAAUUAUGUCCAAAAUGUUCCUAUUACAUUAUUCAUGCAUAUCAGUCCACUCCGGAAUGACUUUUAGGAAAAAACUUAACUAAAAUUGCGCGUACGUGCUUCUUUACACUUGCUUGAUUAUGUCAAUUUAAAAUACAACCUUUUGUUGACGUUUAAAAGUAAAUUUUUAAUUUUUUAUGAUAUUACAUGCGCAUAGACUUGUCAACUUAUGUCUCAGGGUCCGGGCGCAGAGGCAGUGCGCCUCAGAUAUGUGUGAUUUAAAGCACUGAGUGGCACAUCAAUUAUUAUGGACAGACGUGUCGCUUACCACCAGGCGCACUACUUAUUCCUUCCUUCACAAAAGACGUUGCCAGCUGUAAGACAUAAGAUUUUGAGUCUUCUGUGCCUGUAAUUGUGCUGGCUCUUCCUAUCCCUCAAUUCGAAUCCCAGGAAUGUUGUUUUCAAUCACCAAUAAAAUAUGUCCCUGGCGAGCGAAACUGCGCAAGCGCAAACAGGUUCUUUUUUCCAAUAGACAGGUCUCUAGCCUUGUGGAUGUGAUACGCACAAUUUCCAAUGUAAACUGACACUAAGCGCCGUUAGUGCCCUUAACAAAACUAGGUUUGACAAGAUCUAUUUAUACUGGUAGUGUAAUGUACGUCAUGUGGUCGGUUGGACGGAAGCGUUUUAACAAAUUUCAUGUAAUCCUAUAGAGAUUUUCAUGAGGUCUUUGAAAAUCCUUGCUUUUAGCAGGACUGUUACAUUUCUUGCAUUACGAAAAUUCAGGUCGUAAAACUUGCAUUAGUGUUGGUAAGCGUAUGUGAUAGACUGCGUCCCUGUAUACAUAGUUAAUGUUGUUUCGAAAAGUGCAUUGUUCAUUCUAAUAAUCGCUCGCAGUCAAUUCUUAAAACUAAUUUGAAGUUAUAGAGAGUAAAUAAGUAUAAAUAUGUGUUUUCCAUAUAAAAUACUUAUAUCGUAAAACAGGUACUAAUACAUUUUUUUAUUUAAAAAUUAAUUUGUGUAGAUAUUAUGGCAGGGUGUAGUAAUAAAACGUUAAAAGUAAAAAAUAACAAAGGAUAUUUUAAACUGGGAGUGCACUUGUCGAUGUGACUAUACGAUGAAAAUAUGUGAAAUGGUUGAUUAAAA